UUCGUUCCCGUCACUAUAGUGUGGUGGUGUGUCGUCGCUGAGAAAAGAUUCUACAACAAAACAGGCAGCGAAACAAUGGCGGAGAAUCGAGCGAGUGGGAAAAAAAUCACCAUCAACGUGAAAACGCCAAAAGAUAGGAAAUCGGUCGAGAUCGAAGAGGAUGCAGAAAUUAAAGAUCUCAAGCUCAUAGUGGCGGAAAAGUUCGACACAAACCCCGAGCUGGUAUGUUUGAUUUUUGCUGGAAAAAUCAUGAAGGAUACCGACACGCUCAAGACACACAACAUCAAGGAAGGGCUGACGGUGUACCUGGUGAUAAAGGCGGCAGCCCGUGCCGAAUCCGAGACAGCACGGCGAGCACCGGCCGACGUGUCGCAGACACCGUUCGGGUUGAAUCAGCUGGGCGGUAUCGCCGGUCUCGGUGCGCUCGGUGGCAAUCAGACCAACUUUAUGGAUUUGCAGUCGCGCAUGCAGCACGAACUGCUAGAUAAUCCGGACCUGAUGCGCACCGUGCUGGACAAUCCGCUCGUGCAGCAGAUGAUGAAUAGCCCGGACACGAUGCGCCAGAUACUGACCUCGAACCCGCAGAUGCAGGAGCUGAUGCAGCGCAAUCCGGAAAUAUCGCACAUGCUCAACAAUCCGGAACUGUUGCGACAAACGAUGGAGCUGGCGCGCAAUCCGUCGAUGUUGCAGGAGCUGAUGCGCUCGCAUGAUCGUGCCAUUUCGAACCUGGAGAGCGUCCCGGGUGGGUAUAGUGCGCUGCAGCGGAUCUAUCGCGACAUUCAGGAACCGAUGAUGAACGUUGCCUUCCGCAACCCGUACGCCGGUGCGUCCGAUUCGGGCAGCGCUAGCGGUGGUGGAGGUGGCGGUGGUGGCAAUCCGCAACAGGGCACCGAAAACCGAAGCCCACUGCCUAAUCCGUGGAGUAGUGCGGGCAGUGGAGCCGGUCGUGGUACAGCUGCGGGAGCCGGAACCGGUGGUGUUGGUGCCGGAACGGAUGCGGCCGGAGCACCGCUCGGUCUGCUCAAUACACCGGCCAUGCAGAGUUUAAUACAGCAGAUGAGCGAAAAUCCAUCCGUUAUGUCGAGUAUGCUGAACUCACCGACAACCCGGUCCAUGAUGGAAGCGCUGAGCGCCGAUCCGGCGAUGGCCGCUCAACUGAUGAACCAAAACCCGCUGCUGGCCAACAAUCCCGCGCUGCAGGAGCAGAUGCGCACGAUGAUGCCCCAGCUGUUGCGCCAGAUGCAGAAUCCUGAGGUACAGCAGAUGGUGACCAAUCCGCAGGCACUGAACGCGAUCCUGCAGAUUCAGCAAGGCAUGGAGCAGCUACGUUCGGCCGCACCGGGUCUGAUGAGCUCGAUGGGCAUUCCACCGAUGCCGGGUGCACCGGCGUCGUCGACCACCACCGCCACCAGCACCGGCGGAGCUGCUGGAGGAGCAGGUGCGGCAGCCGCCGGUGGCCAAGCACCACCGAACAAUGAAGGUCUGUUUUCCGAGUUUAUGGCCCGCAUGAUUAACGGGAUGUCGUCCGGUACGGCUGACACGAACAUUCCACCGGAGGAGCGUUACCGGUCCCAGCUCGAUCAGCUGACCGCGAUGGGCUUCGUCAACCGGGAAGCGAAUCUGCAGGCACUGAUUGCUUCGUUCGGCGAUAUAAAUGCGGCCGUCGAACGAUUGCUGGCGCUCGGGCAGCUAUCGCUCAGCUAACAAUGUGC